UCCGCCAUGUUGACGUGCACGGCCUGCCGGGAAGAGUUCCCGACGUACGAGCUCCAGAAGGAGCACUUCAAGCUCGACUGGCACCGGUACAACCUCAAGCGCAAGGUCGUGGGCCUCCCGCCGGUCACCGAGGCGCAGUUCCAGGCGCGCAAGGCUGACGGCGCGUCGGCGCUCGCGGCUGCGCCCAAGGAGGCGCCGGUCGACAUGAGCUACAAGUGCCACAACUGCGGCAAGAGCUUCACCAACACCAAGGCGCUCGACAACCACAAGGCGACGAAGAAACACAUGGCGGCGGUCAAGAAGGACGGCGAAGAGAAGAUCACGUCCAAGGUCCUUGAACCCGUCAAGGACGACGAGCCCGUGGCCGAAGACGAGGAAGAAGACCCGGACGCCAACAUCUCGCUCAAGCUCGAAGACUGCAUGUUUUGCACGCAGUCGUCCGAGUCGCUCGAAGCCAACUUGAUCCACAUGCAAAAGAUGCACGGCUUUUUCGUGCCCGACCUCGAGUACCUCAAGGACCUCGAAGGCCUCAUGACGUACCUCGUCGAGAAGGUCAAGCUCGGCCACUACUGCCUCUACUGCAACACAAAGGGCAAGGUCUUCCGCACGUACCAGGACGCGCAAAAGCACAUGAUCGACCGGUCGCACUGCAAGCUCAUCUACGAAGAGGACAACGAUCUCUACGAGUACGAAGAGUUUUAUGACUUUACGUCGUCGUACGGCGACGACGGCCAAGAGUGGGAAGACGUCGAAGAAGUCGAAGGCGAAGAAGGCGACGACGACGACGACGAAGAUGAGCUCGCGCACAUCAAGACGAUCAGCAUCUCCGAGACAGGCGAGCUCGUGCUUCCGAGCGGCGCGCGCCUCGGCCAGCGCGAGCUGCGCCGCUACUACAAGCAGCGCCACCGCCCCGACGAGGUCCGCGAGUCGGUCUUGGCGCAGACCAAGGAGCGCCUCCUGCUCGCGUACCAGAUGGCUGGCAUUGACGCCAGCACGACAGCGAUCACGAUCUCGUUUGCCAACAAGUUUCUUAACCGUCGCCAAGGCAACAUGGAGCUGCGCACGAUCCAAGAGGCCGUCAGCGUCCGCCACAAGUUCCAGAAGCACCGCGAACGCCUCGAGGUGCGCUCGCACAAACUGCAGAAGCACCCCAACCGUCGCAACCUUAUCACGGUCUAAGGGCCUUUCUCUGCGCGCUGCAUGGUCAAUUGUUAAAGUAUUAAAUAGAACACAAUAUUAUUGCACAAA